AUGAAAAACGAAAAGCACCAUAAAGGGGAGUAUAUGGGUGUUUCAUUAGAAUACUUUCCAAAAAAAAGUGUAAUUAUAAGAAGACUAGAACAUUGUUCGGAGUGUGGUGGAGAAAACAUUAUCAGCGUAAAACUAGACUAUGAAUACUUAGAUUACUUAAAAGAUCUUAUUGACAAGAAUGAGAAUGGAAAAGGAAGAAUGAGUAAAAAAGACUUCAACAAGGUCUUAAAAGCUUUAUUAAAAGUUACUCCGCCUAAAAAAUCAACUAUUGAAAAAAGAAUAGUUAAGCAAGAUAGGAAUGGUAAUGAUUACCUAAUCCUUGAAUUAAGUAAUGGCGAAAGUAUCUUUUGCUUUCCCAGCCAGGAAAUUAACUUGGACGAACUUUCCGAAAAUCAGCAAUAUAAAUUUACUGUUAAAGAAGGUAAAAAUAGUGCUAAUGUUUUAGUGGCUUUUGCUUUAUAA